AUGGUAGUGUUCCUGGGUCGCCGUCUCCCAGCGCUUCUCGGGCUCUUUAAGAAGAAGGGUUCUACCAAGGCUGAAAAUGACAAACGUCAAAGUACCGGGCCAGGGUCUGUUGUGGAUGAGCAUCAGGACAAUGUCUUCUUCCCCAGUGGGCGACCGCCUCACUUGGAGGAGCUGCACACCCAGGCCCAGGAAGGGCUCCGUUCCCUACAACACCAAGAAAAACAGAAGCUGAAUAAGGGCAAUUGGGACCAUGGUGACACCCAGAGCAUCCUGUCCUCCAGGACAGGGCCGGAUGAAGACACCAUCUCCUUUUGCAGCCAGAGCACAUCCUACACAGCUGAGAGCUCCACAGCGGAGGACGCACUCUCCAUCCGCUCAGAGAUGAUCCAGCGCAGAGACCCACAGAAAGAGCUCGUCUGAUCACCUUACUGGCACUGCUGACCCAUCCCAGGAAUACAAUCUCUCAGGGACCUGAGCAGCUCCAAGGACGAGAGGAUUCAGCAGACACAACCUAACAGAGAGGAAGCCUGCAGCCUUAACCUCCACAGCCUUCAAUACUUAUGCAAGCCUGGUGUUGAUCCCUGUCCUUCAUGUCAUCCAGCUCUCAUGCCUUUUCCCAAAUGGAUUCACCUCUGGCACUUGCCACUUCAGUCUUGGCCUUACCCUCAACUGGAAAGAGGUAGCUAGUAGGAUUGGGUGGUUGCGCCCCCUGCUGGCCCUGAGG